AUGCGUCGUGCAGAUUCCAUACUGUUUGCUCCAUAUCGUUCAAUGGGAGUGGUAUGCACGGAUGUGAAGCCGGUUAUACGACUAAACGAGUCGAAAACUCGGUAUGAUCCGUUAUUUCAAUUCUCACCAGAGCUAUCUGUCGUUUUUUAUGCCAUUGUUUCUUUAAAUGCAUUUAUUCCCGUGAUAACGUCACUGUUGUGUCCUGUAGAUAAUGUCAUACUGCACUACAAAGCGGAGAAGCUUAGGCUUGUUGGCAUUUCCGAUGUGCUUCCUCACAUAGUGACGGCCGUAGCAGCGGAUCGUUCUGGAGUUUAUGCUGCCACUGGUACUGCAGUUGCAGUUAUGAAGACAUGUCGUCACGUUGAUCGAUACAUAGAAGUCGGAGCAAAGACGAAGUUUAUGGAAGUCAUUAUCGAUACUGAAGACGGCAUCAGGGUGUUCGACAUUGGUGACGGUCAAAAGACUUUGAGUAUGGAAGGAUCAAAAAGCUUUCAAAUCACUGCCGUGGUUCAUCCGAGCACGUAUUUAUACAAGGUUGUGGUCGGGUCUUCAAUUGGAACAUUGCGCCUUAUAAACUUUCAUACUGGUCGUAUCAUCCAUGAAUUUGCCAAGGGUUUCGACGCUGCAGUCACUGUACUUGAGCAGUCUCCGGCAGUAGAUGUUUUGGCCGUUGGACUCUCCAAUGGACAAAUUUUCCUGCACAAUGUGCGAGUGGACGAGACGAUAUGCAAAUUUCGACAUGAAAAGGCCAUAUCAGCUGUUGGAUUCCGGAAUGACGGAAAACCUUAUAUGACAACUGCAGACGUCGGUGGAGACAUAGUGGUGUGGGAUCUGGAGAAGCGUCAACUGAUGGGAAAAGUAGUUAAUGUUCACCAUGCUGCAGUAACUAAAUUAUAUUUCAUGUUAGGAGAACCUAUUAUGGUAUCGGCAUCCGCCGAUAAUUCACUACGAACAUGGGUGCUUGAUGGGGCUGAUGGUGUGCCUCGCCAACUCGUUAUUCUUGAGGGACACGCGGAUGAAGUUUUAUCUUCUGGGAUGGAUGGUUCCGUUCGUAAAUAUAUGGUUAAUGUGGAUACUAUGCGUCAAAAGCUUGGGAGUGCAGGGACGAUAUCCAGAGCUAUAGCUAAAAAGAAACACAUCCCACUGGAGAGCAUACGCUUGGCACCCGUUGUUGACAUGGCAAUUGGAUGGAGCCGCGAAGCGAGCUGGGAUAAUCUCAUCCAUCAAAGAUUUCUCAAAGAUGCUGCUCUGUCAGAUGCAGUUGCAACAGCAAUUACGCUUUCUCCGUGUGGAAAUUUUGCUUUUAUAGGAUAUUCAACGGGCCAUGUUGACCAAUUCAAUGUUCAAAGCGGCCGUUAUGUAAAGACCUUUAGUAAACAGUGUGACGUUGAAGAAAAUUCGAAUAAGAUUGAAAAGUUCAAGUCGCAAAAAGCGCAUGAUUCAAAAAUCACCACGUUAACCGUGGGCGCACGUGGUUCCGAGCUGGUUACUGGCUGCUACGGUGGUGUUUCCAUAGCCAUCAUUGAUGUACUUUGCCGGCGAGUUGUUCGUAACAUAACAGCUGUUGGAGGCUGCGUAAACGCCUUAGAAUUUUCUAGCGAUGGACGAUGGCUACUUACUGCAGAUGACUCAAAGUACAUUAAGGUCUGGGAGCUGUCGACAUCGCAGCUGAUUGAUGUGAUGUUGUUCGACAAGCCUUGUAUUGGAUUAUCAUUCAACAAUUCGGGGGAGUACUUGGCCACAAUUCAUAAGGGAGAAAGAGGGAUCUUCAUAUGGGUGAAUAAAAAAAUGUAUGCAUCCCAUGUAAACAUUCGAGCGCUUCCCGUGGAUUAUACACCUACAUGGAGUUCACAUGUGGCUGAAAUUGGGGUGAACACUUUUGUCAUCGAUGAUGAGAGUGAUGAUGAGUGGGAAGGCAAGCCUCAGAAUUUCGCGCUUCUGUCUGGCAUAUCUUUGUUGUCGUCUAUGGAAUGUGCUUUUCACUUACCUAUGUUUAUUCCGAAAAUAACUUGUGAAUUAAAAGAUAUAGAUGAGUCGUUGGUAACAUAUUCUGGAUUGGCCCCUUCUCGAUGGUCGAAUCUACCAGUUCUGUCUCUUAUUAAGGAAAGAAACAAACCAGACCAACCUCCGAGGAAGCCGAAACAGGCUCCUUUCUUUCUAGCUGCUGCUCCUACACUUGAAGGAUUCGAAUUUGAAGUUCCUGAAGAGGAUAGCGACGAGCAUCGCCGUAUAUUACAAGCAAAAAGAAGUUUGCUUGAACUAGAAAGCUCUUUCAGUGCGGCUACAUCUGCUGAGGAACUCUUUGAUGUAUUCUCUUGUUUGAAAAAGAUGUCCGUAUCCGCAGUACUAAAGACCAGAAGAGAUUUUGAUUUAGUACAAGCUUACUUGGCAGCAUCAAUAAAAAUUCAUAGGUCUUCAUUAUGGCGAAGCGAUGAGGGUGAUAAGGAAGUUGAUGAGUUGUUAAAGAUUCUAGAAGACUUAUCUCUAGAGGAGGAAUUUGGAUGGUCAAACUAUGACCAAAUAAUGGUCGAAAACGCAGCGGUCGCACAGUGGAUCAAAAACGCAUUAGUUUAG